CAUAUUCCAUAUGCAUUUGAGAUAGUUUUCAAUUAGGACAAGGUUGUUAGAAACGAAACUCUCUUUACAGUCGAAGUUUUCUCAAGUUAGGAAGAUGCGUUAGAAGUACUUCCGUUAGAUUACUUUAUUCCAACCAUCUUUGAAAGUGAUUUUAGAAUGACCAAAAUCACCUUUGUUUGGCCGUUUUUAGUUAUUUUGAUCACGACGAACGUGUUUUGACCGUUCUAAAAUUACAUCAAAAGGGAUCUUUCUCCAAUAAAGCUCCUCGCUAAAGCUGAUUUUGAACUUAAACUCACAGAUUGUCAAAAUUGAUGGCUUUUUGAGGAUUCUAAACACAAACUUCUGAAAAACUAUUGCUUGUUUCCACAAGAUAUGUACUACAAAGAAUCUUUCUUUAUGGCUUUUCUUGGGCAACAAGCACUAAAGCAUCUAGCCAAAGUGCAUAUAGAAUAAUUCCCAGAGCCCUCUCUCUGUUUCUAUUGGCUAAAACUAACAGUGCGUGAACCAUUCGUUGUGUUCUAUAACAAGCAACCUUGACUUCAAGCCAUUGAUACUCACCUUCUUCAAACCUUCUUAGCAAUAAUCAAUCAUUUACCUUCGAAUCUGUUUAGAACUUCAUAAAAGAGUGCAGAAAUACCAACAAAGAAACAUAGCUUAACUACAAUCAGAAAGAUGGUUCCAUUGGUUAGCAAACUAUAUUGUUCAUCUACUGAGGUUGUGUACGUUGUUAGGAAGAGACCACAUGUCAUUAACGGAGGAGGUUUCGUGGUGACAAAUUGUGAUCAGAAAGUUGUUUUCAGUGUUGAUGGGUGUGGGAUUCUGGGAAAAGCAGAGGAGCUGAUUCUAAGAGAUGAGAGGAGGAAUGCUUUGCUUUUGAUCCGUGGGAAGGUAAUAACUAAGUGUUCUACAUGUUUCCUGAACAAGUAUUUUCUACUUUUCCUGCAUAAAAAUGGUCGAUUUGGGAUUAUUCAGCACAGUUUUAUGUUUCAGGGAGGGAUUUUUGAGGCUCUGAGCUUUAAUAAGAUAUGGAAUGCUUACCGAUACGACUUCCAAGGAUCCAAAAAGCUGGUUUUCAGCUUGAGAAAGCCCAAGUCAUGUCUUCCUGUGGACAAAGAUACUGGAAUUAGAAUCACAACAAAACCAAACCUCGGCAAGAAAGAUUGGGACUUUGAGAUCAGUGGAUACUUCCCUGGCAAAGAAAGCAGCAUCAUUGAUUCUCAAGGCAAUUUAGUAGCUCAGAUUGGAAAGAAUAAAAAGGCUGGAGUCCUGUUGAGCAAGGAUCUCUACUAUGUGUCAAUAAAACCUGGAAUUGAUCAGGCUUUUGUUGUUGGAGUCAUUGCCAUUCUCGACAACAUCUAUGGCGAAUCAACCAGCUGCUGAAUUCAUAAAAGGGACGACAAUCAAGAGGGGAGGAUGGUAAUUGCUUGUCCUCUUCCCUGUAAGGAAUGCAGCUCAAAGUUUCUGUUGUGAUUAAAUUGGAGAUUUGUGGCAGCACUCCAUUUCACGCAAGUCUCCAUGAACUGGGUCUGCAUUUUUUGUUAACUGCAAUGUAUUCUUCUAACUUUUGUAGUUGUCCGUGUAAAUGUAAUUAAACUUUUAGCUUCUCUAGUGCCUUUAAUCUUCCAUAUGCCUUGCAUUAGGAUGCUUGCUACCAUAAAGAGUAGAUCAAGCAGGCCCUUCUGCUGGAAGUCAUUAUAACUGUGGGAAAAGAUAAAGGCAACUGUAGCAGAAUAUUCAAUAACAGAAACAAUAGAAUUAAAGAAUCAGGCGCUUGCACGUCGGCAUUUUAGCAUUGUUGUCCAUCAAAGAUAAAACACAUACAGUCUAUGUUACAUGUAACGAGCAGAUGAAAAUCAGAGAACAAAUUGCAGAUUCGCACUUCAGUGUUCCCUCUAAAGAUAAGUUUCUGAAUGCUUCCUUCUAUACGUAUCAAGAACACUUGAUCUUCAAAUCACAACAACUACAAGGAUUGAGGGAAGAAAACAAGAAACAAGCUUUCCCAUUCAAUAUGUAAACAAACUGUAGAUUACUUGGAUGUACAUGGAAUAUAAAGCAAAAUGAGCCCGUAAGGUUGAUACUUGUAAAUAAAAAAUAUAAAUAUGUAACCGAUUAAUUUCUUCAACAUUCCCAUCUGUCCAAUCAUGAAUGCAUUCGCAGGGGGAACAUCUCAAAGAAA